UAGAUGUAACACGACGGCUAAAUAUACUGUGCUGUACAUACAGGCUACUGUACGCCCAUCUGACACAUGUGUGCAUAAAAAUAGCUCAGACGGAGCACAAGAACGCGUCCUGUGUGAACUUCCCCUCAUAACCCCAGUCAUAUAAACAGUGAAUCAUAACCUCCGAGAUUCGUCGCGACUCCGGCGUGUGGUGCUGAACGGACAGCGCCCUUAACUUUAACCUGCAUGGGCGUGGCGCUUCAACUAUCAACGGAGCAACGACUCUUAAAGACCGCAGAUAAAAGAAAUCCACAUAAAAAUUAAGCCUCAUUACCAGUUCCACGACUAAACCUAACACGCACUUCUCUUUGUUUACCACAUCCACCGUGUGUUCACCAAACACACAGAGCGAAGGCUAACAAAGGUAUCUCACAAUAGGCUUUAAGUGACAAGUCAUCCGGGGAAAGAGCCCUCAGAUAUGGACACAUUACAUCUUUAACCCUCAAAACCCCGCAUCACUUCCGCUGUUUCUCCUCUCAUCUCUUCAGCAGAGCGUCACCUCAUCCUCCGUCGGUCUCACGUCUGAUUGUCCACAGAGCUCUCUAGCCCGGGGGUUUACGUGCCUUUGCAUCCACCUGACAGUAUUCACUGAGAGAAAUGUCUGCUGCCGGAGAUGUGCCUGCGUUCUUCCAGAACAUGGGAAGCUCCAGCCCCAACCAGCCACGGCAGAAAUUCUGUGGCAUGUUCUGCCCGGUGGAGGGUUCGGCGGAAAACAAGACGCUGGACUUUGACUCGCUGUCCUCAGGGAAAGGUCGAGUGAUCGAGAGGCAGAAGGAUAUCUCCAAACCACGAAAGGUGGAGAUCAGGAGAAGUACCGGAAAAGAGAUUCUGCAGAACUUAAACGACGAGAGUGACCGUCUCUUGAUUAAAGGAGCGAAGAUUGUGAACGAUGAUCAGUCGUUCUGUGCCGACAUCUAUAUGGAGGAUGGUCUGAUCAAGCAGAUCGGAGAGAAUCUGAUAGUGCCCGGUGGGGUGAAGACCAUCGAUGCUCAUGGGCGUAUGGUGAUGCCGGGCGGCAUUGAUGUGCACACGCGCUUCCAGAUGCCUGACAGGGGCAUGACUGCUGCAGAUGACUUCUAUCAAGGCACCCGCGCUGCGCUGGCUGGAGGAACCACCAUGAUCAUUGAUCAUGUGGUUUCCGAACCCGGGACGAGUCUGAUCUCGGCCUUCAACCAGUGGCGGGAAUGGGCAGACAGUAAAGCGUGCUGUGACUAUUCUCUUCAUGUGGACAUCACCGAAUGGCACAAGGGUGUUCAGGAGGAGAUGGAGGCGCUCGUCAAAGAUCACGGCAUUAACUCUUUCCUCGUCUACCUGGCUUACAAAGAUGUUUUCCAGCUCACUGAUUCCCAGAUCUACGAAGUGUUCAGUGUCAUCCGGGACCUCGGGGCCAUCGCUCAGGUCCACGCUGAAAACGGAGACAUCAUAGCCGAGGAGCAGCGCAGGAUUUUGGAGUUGGGCAUCACUGGACCAGAGGGACAUGUCCUCAGUCGUCCAGAGGAGGUGGAGGCGGAGGCAGUGAACCGCUCCGUAACAGUGGCCAAUCAGACCAACUGCCCUCUUUACAUCACCAAGGUGAUGAGCAAGAGUGCCGCUGAUGUCAUCGCCCAGGCCAGGAAGAAAGGUACCGUUGUGUACGGAGAGCCAAUCACAGCCAGUCUUGGCACGGACGGCUCGCACUAUUGGAGCAAGAACUGGGCCAAGGCCGCCGCCUACGUCACGUCCCCACCCUUGAGUCCGGAUCCCACCACGCCGGACUAUCUCAACUCACUGCUGUCGUGCGGGGACCUGCAGGUAACAGGAAGCGCUCACUGCACCUUUAACACCGCCCAGAGAGCCGUGGGUAAAGACGACUUCACCCUCAUCCCUGAAGGAACCAAUGGCACUGAGGAGAGGAUGUCCAUCAUCUGGGACAAAUGUGUGGUAACUGGAAAAAUGGACGAAAAUCAGUUUGUGGCCGUCACCAGCACCAACGCUGCUAAGAUCUUCAACCUGUACCCACGCAAGGGUCGCAUCGCCGUGGGUUCAGACGCCGAUCUGGUUCUGUGGGACCCUGAUGUCACGAAGAUCAUCUCAGCGAAGAGCCACAAUCUGGCGGUCGAGUACAACAUCUUCGAGGGCACUGAGGUGCGUGGGGCACCGCUGGUGGUCAUCAGCCAGGGGAAGAUCGUGCUGGAGGAGGGGAACCUCCACACCACUGAGGGAUCCGGCCGCUACGUUUCCCGCAAGCCUUUCCCUGACUACGUCUACAAGAGGAUAAAGGCUCGCAGCAGGCUUGCUGAACUGAGGGGCGUCCCACGGGGUCUCUACGACGGGCCGGUCUGCGAAGUCUCAGUGACGCCCAAAGCUGUGACCCCUGCUUCCUCUGCCAAAACUUCUCCUGCCAAGCAGCCUGCUCAACCGGUCCGCAACCUGCACCAGUCCGGCUUCAGCCUCUCCGGUGCUCAGAUUGACGACAACGUCCCCCGCCGCAACACCCAGCGCAUCGUUGCGCCCCCUGGUGGCAGGGCCAACAUCACCAGCCUGGGCUAGAUGCCCUCCGUCAAGUCGACAGGAGAAUAGGGGGUUGGGGGGGAGGGAUGUCUAUAACGGAGGUGUUUGCUGAGACCAGCGUGUCACAUCGGGAACCCUCCACAGGGCCUAUGAUUCUCCACUCCCUAGUCUCCCAACCCCUGAGCUCUCGCCCGAUUCCCUUGUUUUACUUUCCCCAAACCUUGCACCACGAGACAUCUAGAGAAAAAAAAGUAUUUGCCUCAUGUGAAGAGAGAAGGAAAAAAUGUAACAUCCACAUUUGAGCACUUCUGAUUGUAUGAUUUUUAUACUGUACUUUCUACCCACCACGAGUCAUGUUAUUAUUUUUGUAUUUAACUUUAUUUGCUUUUUGAAAUCAGAGGGAUCAAGUGCGUGUAUUAGAGAAGCUGUUCAUCAUUGUUACUUAUUAACAAGGCGAGGGUUAGAAUACUGGGUUUCUUGUGUCAUUGCUUGUGGCUAAAAGUCUAUUAGGACUUUUAAGUCUACUACAUUAGGAAUGUUAUUAUUUUUAAGAUUCUUUUAUUAGUUUUUUUUUACUCAAACAAUCAGUUUACAUCAGUAUGAACACCUGACCGUAUUCCGCCCGUGCCCUUUCUGUACCAGUCAAUAAAAGAAAGCUUUUCCAGUGGUCGCUGAUUAAAAAAACGUGUUGUUUCACAACCAGAGAUAUUUAAUUAACACUGUUAAUGUUGUAGAAGAAGAAACCGCAUGUAAAAAACAAACAGCUUAGCAAUGUUGGAGAAAAUAAGAGACGACCACAAAUGGUUUUAGCUGAAAACCCUCCCUGUUUUGGCCUCAAACUAUUAUUAUUUUUUUUUUUUUUUUGCACAAGCUGCUUCAAUACAUAAAGGUUAAGAAGAGGAUAAAAUUAAGUUUGGAUUUGGCCGUCAAAAAAUUGUGAGCUGUUUAGCUACUGUAAGGAUAAUUGAGAACUUAGCAGGUGUUAGCUAUGGAAGCCUAUUUCUGUCAGGGGAUAUGAAAAAGGUAACUACAACUUUUUGUCUCACAAUUCUAACCUUUUCUCAAUACUGAGUGCAUAUCUUACAGUUCUGCUUUUAUUCUCACAAUUCUGAGAGUAAAACAGUCAAAAAGUCAGAAUUGCGAGAUGUAAAAUCAGAUUUCUGAGCAAAGAAGUCAGAAUUGCCAUAUAAACUCAGAAUUGCGAGAUGUAAAAUCAGAAUUCUAAGGAAAGACGUCAGAAUUGCGAUAUAUAUAUAUUCUCAGAAUUCUGAAGAAAGACGUCAGAAUUAAUAUAUAAUUUCAGAAUCGCGAGAUGUAAGAUCAGUCUUCUGAGGAAAGAAGUCAGAAUUGCGAUGCAUAAACUCAGAAUUGCGAGAUUUAAAAUCAGAAUUCCAAGGAAAGACGUCAGAAUUGUGACAUAUAAAUUCAGAAUCGCAAGAUGUAACUUCAGAAUUCUGAAGAAAGACGUCAGAAAUGAUAUAUAUAAACUCAGAAUCGCGAGAUGUAAACUCAGAAUUCCAAGGAAAGACGUCCGAAUUGAUAUAUAAACUCAGAAUCGCGAGAUGUAAAUUCAGAAUUUCAAGGAAAGACAUCAAAAUUGCGAUAUAUAUAUUCUCAGAAUUCUGAAGAAAGACGUCAGAAUUGAUAUAUAAACUCAGAAUCGCGAGAUGUAAAUUCAGAAUUCCAAGGAAAGACAUCAAAAUUGCGAUAUAUAUAUUCUCAGAAUUCUGAAGAAAGACGUCAGAACUGAUAUAUAAACUCAGAAUCGCGAGAUGUAAAUUCAGGAUUCCAAGGAAAGACAUCAAAAUUGCGAUAUAUAAACUCGGAAUCGCGAGAUGUAAAAUGAGAAUUCUAAGGAAAGACGUCAGAAUUGCGAUAUAUAUUCUCAGAAUUCUGAAGAAAGACGUCAGAAUUGAUAUAUAAACUCAGAAUCGCGAGAUGUAAAUUCAGAAUUCCAAGGAAAGACAUCAAAAUUGCGAUAUAUAAACUCAGAAUUCUGAAGAAAGACGUCAGAAUUUAUAUAUAAACUCAGAAUCGCGAGAUGUAAAUUCAGAAUUCCAAGGAAAGACAUCAAAAUUGCGAUAUAUAAACUCGGAAUCGCGAGAUGUAAAAUGAGAAUUCUAAGGAAAGACGUCAGAAUUGCGAUAUAUAUUCUCACAAUUCUGAAGAAAGACGUCAGAAUUGAUAUAUAAACUCAGAAUCGGAAGAUGUAAAUUCAGAAUUCCAAGGAAAGACAUCAAAAUUGCGAUAUAUAAACUCAGAAUCGCCAGAUGUAAGAUCAGUCUUCUGAGGAAAGACGUCAGAAUUGCGAUAUAUAAACUCAGAAUCGCGAGAUGUAAACUCAGAAUUCCAAGGAAAGACGUCAGAAUUGCGAUGUAUAAACUCAGAAUUGCGAGAUUUGAAAUCAGAAUUCUAAAGAAAGACGUCAGAAUUGUGAAAUAAAUUCAGAAUCGCAAGAUGUAACCUCAGAAUUCUGAAGAAAGACGUCAGAAAUGAUAUAUAAACUCAGUCAGAAAGUCAGAAUUGCGAGAUGUAAACUCGCAAUUGCAAGCAAGUCAGAAGUCUGAGUUUAUAUCUCGCAUUAUAUUAUAUCUGACAUUGGCCAGAAAAAGUCUCAAUUGUGAGCUAGAAAGUCAUAAUUUCUUUUUAGCUUCCAUAGUUAGCUAAAGAAAACGCUGUAUUACAUCACUUUUGAAGAACAACAUGCAUGUGAAAUUGGUAGCAACUUCCUAAGGCACUAAAGCCCAAAGUAUACUUAAGUGUUGAGGCAAACACUUGGUAUAUGUUUACAGCCGAACUUGUUGCCUUUCAAAGCAUUUUUGAUAGCCUUGCUCAAACAGCACUCGACACAGGAGCACUAGAAAUGAAGUAGAAACGAGACAUGUUGACACCUUGUGGACAAAUAAGUGCAAGAAAAUGUGCUUUUGUGAACUGAGUGUAGAGAUUUACACGCUUAUUAAGCAUACUUUGGGCAGAGAGUCAACCCCCCGAUGGAUGUUUCCGUAAGUUUGGCUGAAGCGCAAAACGAAUGUGCCAUGUGAGUCGUGAGAUUUUACGGUCUAUUGAGGACUAUGCCGCUACUUUCUAUGUCAACAAAUGUGAUAUCGCAGACCUUAUGCUAAUGUGUCUUUUUUUGUAUCUAUAACUCCAAGCUGUGCCUGAGAUGUACUGAUCACGUUGAGUACUUCUACAAGAGCUUGUUCAUGUUUUUUGUUCGAGACAACUCAAAGGCUGUUAAAUGUAAAAUAGCCGGUGAACCGAUACAAAGGUGCCAGAUUUUUCUCUUAACUUGUCAUAGUGCUAUUGAAAGGCUUAAAAUAUGAUUUAUCACAGCACCAUUUCUAACGUCGACAUUCAUUUUAGUGCCGUAGUAAAUGCUACAUACUGUAAUAAUAUCAUAAAAUAAAAGUUAACGGUUAAAGGUGAUUUUCAACAACUGCGCCUGUGGCAGCUCCAUGUUUUCGUGUUGUUGUUCCUUUUAUUUUGUCAAAGAAUGAAUGAAAGAUUUUUUGUUAAUCUGUUUGUUUUUCAUCCAAGUUGGGCUGGAAACCUGAAAAACAUACCUUAAAACAUAAAGGGCAAUGCACUGAACAGCUAGUAUCAGUUUUCUUCUGUGUUUGACGCAUUUCCUUUUGAAACAAGACGUCUGGACUGGGCACUCUGAAGGGGUCAUCUCUUUAUAUGAAUAAAUGAGGCAUUAGGUAGGCUAUGUCAGUCAUUUAUUGGUUUAUUAUGAUUUGGCAUUUUCUACCCAAUGCUAGUCAGUUGCUUGUGGUGUUGAGGGCGGGACACUGUCGUUCUUGAGAGCGUUUGAUUGGACAAAAAUCAGCAUAGUACAAGAUUAGUCAUCAAUAUUUUUACUUCAUUUGCAGUUUGGAGAAAGAUGUUUCAAAUGUGUUUAUCUGCUAACAUUUAUGAGUACACUAGCAUGGAAGUUAGAUACCGCCACAAAACUCUUAAAGUAACGAUAUUCCACAUUUUGUGGAUGGUGCUAAUAUUUAGGUUCAGCUCAGACAAAGAAGGCAUAGUAGAAAGUAAUAAAAAGGCUUUAACUGGAUUUAAUGUGCCUUGCUUAAAUCUCACUAUGGAUUAGCAAUGGCGGGACUUUUUGUAUAGCCUGUUUUUCAUUUAGUAAACCCUGUCCUCCAGCUGUUUUCUUUUCCCUCUUGCACAUCGGCAAAAUCUUGGCCUCUAUCAUCAUUCUCCAUUGCUUUCCUUUUCCUCUGUGACUCAACACAGAGAAACACACACACACACACACACACACGCUCUGAUUCAUUCCAGUGCUGCUGACAGGGUUUAAACUUACAUAUUCAUCGCUGCUUGGUUGUUGUAAAGUUAUUGUUUACUGGAAGAUUUUUUUUUAAACUGAGGAAACUACGCUCCUAAAUGGACUUGGUGAUGCGAAAAAAAUUGAGUUGGGGAUGUCAAUACUUUUGAGUUCACUUGCAAAACUUUAGCGUUUUCCAGAUAAAUUUCACAUUUACUCGCAAAUUGUUAAAGUUUAGUAAAACGUGGUUGGAGGAUAAAGUAUGUUUCAAAGCUCUCAAGUUCUCUCACAAUUUUUGGCGUUGCCAAGAGAUGCUUUGUGUUUACUCGCAAAACACGCUUUCUUCUGAGAAACUUGCACUCAUUUGCGAAACUUGAGUUAUGUUUGGUAAAAUGAGGUGCGGGAAAAACUAUAUUUCAUCGCUUUUAUUCUCUUGCAAAACUUUUGUGUUCCCUAGAGCGUUUUUCCCUAGCAAAACGUUAAGUUAAAGUUUAGUAAAAUGUGGUGGUGGGAGAAGUUAUUUCAAAACUUCGUUCUCACAAUUUUUUUUUUUUUUUGCGUUCCUCUCAGAAACCUUGCGUUCAUUCCCAAAACUUGGUAAUGUUAAAGUCUAGUAAAAUAAGAUGAGAGGAAAAACUAUAGUCCUAUUUCAAUGCUUUUGAGUUCUCUUGCAAAACUUUUGCUUUCCCCAGAGAAACUUUGCAUUCGCUUGCAAAACGUUAUAUUAAAGUUGGCUGUAGGGUAAACUAUAUUUCAACGCUUUCAAGUUCUCACAUGUUUUUGCGUUCCCCAGAGAAUCUUUAUGUAUACUCGCAAAACACGCGUUCUUCUGAGAACUUUGCAAAACUUGAGUAAUAUUUGGUAAAAUGAGGAGGGAGAAAAAAAAAAUAUUUCAACACCUGUGCUCUCUUGCAAAACUGUUGUGUUCCCCAGAGAAAUUUAGCAUUCGCUCGCAAAACAUUAAAGUUUAGAGUUUUAAGUUUAAAGUUUUGUUUGUGUUUCUUUCUUUCUUUUUUCUUUCUUUUUUUUUGCGAUCCUCUGAGAAACCUUGCAUUCACUCGCAAAACUUAGGUAAUGUUAAAGUCUAGUAAAAUUAGAUGAGAGGAAAAAGUUUAAUGCUUUUGAGUUCUCUUGCAAAACUUUUGCUUUCCCCAGAGAAACUUUGCAUUCGCUCGCAAAACGUUAUGUUAAAGUUUAGUAAAAUGUGGCUGGAGGAUAAAUUAAGUUCUCUCACAUUUUUUUGCAUUCCCACAGAAACGUUUUGUUCACUGGCAAAACACGCAUUCUUCUGAGAAACUUUGCACUCACUUGCAAAACUUGAGUAAUGUUAAAGUUUAGGGAAAAAAAUAUAUAAAAUAUAAAAAUAAACUAUAGGCUUAUUCCAAUGCUUUUGAGUUCUCUUUCAAAACUUUUGCGUUUCCCAGGAAAACUGCAUUCCCUCGCAAAACGUUAUGUUAAAGUUUAGUCAAAUGUGGUGGGAGGAGAAAUUAUAUUAUAAAACUUUUUCCUUCACACAAUUUUUUGCGUUCCCUAGAGAACUUUGCGUUAAAUAAAUAAUGUUAAAGUCUAGUUAAAUGACAUGAGAGAAAAAUCUAUAGGCCUAUUUCAAUGCUUUUAAGUUCUCUUGCAAAACCUUUGGGUUCCUCUGAAAACAGCGCUCGAUUGCUUCUGCUUUCCCUUAAGAAACUUUGCGUUCACUCGGAAAACACUGUAAUGUUAAUAACAUGAGGUUGGAGGACAAACUAUAUCUCGGUGCUUUUUCAAGCUGAAGUAGUACGAGUGAACGCAAACUUUCGUUUGCGAGAGAGCCAAAGUUUUGCAAGCGAAUGAAACAUUAUCUGGCAAUACUUUUGCAAAAGUUUUGCGAGUGAACACAGAAGUAUUUAAUUACAAUUGUUCCUCACGUAUUGUCAUCAUUUCUUUCCACUAACGUGCUCUUAGAGAAACUUACACUGCAAAGAAAGAAAUUUUGCUUUACAGUAAAUUCUUAAAAGGUGCGACAUUCUUAAAAGGGGACUUUCCUGAUCACAGAAAAAAAUAAUUUGUGUAUGUAAGUUUAUAUAUUUCUUUCUUGUGUAGCCUAUAUAUAAGAAUUGGGUUAAAAUUAAUUAAAUGUUUACGUCUUUUUACUGGGAUUCACGACAAAAACACUAAUUAAGAAAAUGACAUUUUGUACCAUUUCUCGAUAUAAACGUUAAUAGAACACCACCCUGUGCUCACUCAAAUGUCCGCUCUUAAACUAGUUUCAGUCAUGUUCUUCAAGUUCAUUAGAAAAAAAGCUACAGCAAGAGAAAAGUCAGGUUGUCGUUUCACCGUUAGUCUUAGGAAUGUGUAUCUCUCAAAUGGAGUGUAAGGCGAGGUUAUAAUGAUUCAUUCGUCUGUUCGCACGGACUGAUGUGUUAAUAAUGGCCUCUGCAGGCCCCACAGAGUCUAUCACCUCAUGACUGUUAUGAUUGUUUUCUUUCUUCCUGUUUCUUUUUUGUUUCUUGCUGACCUCAUUGCUUUCCCACUGUUACUAUGACGACUGUCCCUGCAAGACAACAGGAUCUGACUCUUUUAUUUGUCAUGGCAACACAUUAUACAUCGGAAGCAUGCCCUUAGCAACCCUUCUGGGCCUGGUGCUAUUAAAACAACAUCGAAUGACUGGAUCAUUUCAACUUAGUCGUGAUUACAGUGUAACACAAACCAUUUACAGUACCCACCCUUAAAAAAAAAAAGACAGCUGCCUCGUACUUUUCCCGCCUUUCUUGCAUAGUGGCACAUUUUCCUCAGAUUUGUAGGUUGAUGGUUUGAGAGACAAUAUUUAUAGCUAUUUUAGUCUUGUUUUCCAGGAAGGUAAUACGUUUAGUAAUUCUAGAUAUAUUGGGAGAAAAGAAAUCUUACUUUUUAAUUUAACAUUUUAUUUGUAUUUCUCCACAGUUUUGCUUCUGAGAUAAAUUUAAUUUUUUUUUUUUUAAACAAACAAAAAAAAGUUAUUUCAUUGAAGUUGGUGUGGAAAUAUGGCAUAAACUGAAAACAGAAUUGUGUUUUCCAUGUCCUUUCCUUAUUGAGACAUCAAAUCAUAUGCAAGAGUUCAAAUGAAACAUGCCUUAAGCAUUUCCUCUGAUCCCAGAGCAGCUGUUGGCACUAACACUACACACACACACACUUUGCUAUGUACGCUUGAAUGUUCUUCUAUGCGUGGUAUGUAAUCUAUGUAAAAUGCAGAUGGGAACUGAAAGAUUGUUCAAUCUGAGAUUGCCAAUGAUUUCUAAUCCCAAAACCUUCACUUCCCCCUCUCUUUCCUUAUUCAAGAAGUGAACGUGUUGUGUGCUGGUGUUUAUUCUGUUGGCUGUGCUGUUUGAGGAUGUUUGCUUGCUCUUAAAAGUGUCAAAUCCCUUGGAUGGUAAUGUUACAAAAAAGGAAAAUUAAUAAAAUGGAAAAAAUA